AUGGCCUCUGGGGAAAAGUCUGAGUCGAAUCUACAGGAUGUCUUCCACCGUCUCGUUCGUGCCCUCGGCGGACGAGGGGAGGCGACGGCGGCUCCAACCACAUUAACGACGCCGCAGCAGACUCCGACUACAGACGUCGAAAUGGGUCCCGAACUGAAGAGAGUGCCUAGCAAGGCUUCUUCAAAGUCUAACAGAAAUCAUUCCAGCAUUUCUGAGCGUCUUAAAAGUUUCGGGAAAGACUUGGGAAUGUCCAGGAGGGGAAGCACAGCAAAACCCUCUGAUAGCCCACUCUCACCAAGGACGACACUCGUCACGAUUCCUGGUACUACAACAGGAUUGGCGGAGGCAGGUCCAUCCCAGAUUCAGUCAGGUCCUGCGCCAAUCAGCCAUGCAAAGUUGUUGAGCAUGGUAGAGGAGGAAUCAGCGGCCGACACCCCUCCACCUGGUACGGAGGAGCCUCCGGAGCCCACCUCCCUGGCUCAGAGGAUUCAAAUGCUAGUCGACUCACUUCCUACACCGAACUCAGACAUCUCUCGCUCACCUCGUAUCACAAAACCCCCUGCUCGAGACCCCAGCGGACGUCCCAUUCCCCCUCCAAAUCCCACACCAAUCAAAGAUUCACGCUUAAAGGCUUUUCUCAACAGUGCCACCAUCAUGAAUGGUUCAAGUAAUAAAGGAAUGCCAAGUAUCUGGAGCAUUCUGGAGAGUUUGGGAGCACCCCCGCAUGACGGCAACGACCAAACGGGGGAUGGUAACCCCCAACACGAACCUGGAGAGGGCGACAAUGAAGGUGACGAAGAACGAGAUAUCUACUCGGACAGCUCCAGCGUCAUGAUGUAUUCUCCGCUGCUGCCGACCAAGGAAGAUCUUGUUGAGCUCGCUGAGCUCGUGGUGCUUGAGGCGGGGCAGGAGGUUGAGGUGGCCACAGGGGCGUCCGGCUGGACGACGAUGUGGCCGUUUUCUGCGUGGAAUCCCCCUAAACAGCAGCAGCCGCUCGUUAUGGCCCCAGACAGUCCUCAUCCUCUUGGACGUUCGAAUGUUGGUGGAAAGAAGAGCUCCGACAGCACUGCCAGUGACGGAAAGGUCAAAACCCAGAGUCGUCCUCGUGGCUGGGUUCCUUCGCCCACCAAGCUCUCCGUUCAGGCAUUCUGGUGGGGUUAUCGACUAUACCUCCCACCUCCAGUCCUGGCGGUCCUCAGCGACAAGACUCUCGAAGCUACGAAGCGCGCCGCAAUGAUCACCACGGCCCUCACCUGGUUCUUCAACAACCUUCCGAUCACCUCUUUUCCUGCUCCUUUGCAACCUGCACUUCUGCUCCUUCAACGUAUCGCUCCUUUCCUUGGGUACAUCGGCACCUUCAUCUCAUGGAGUUGGAGCACUAUCAAGAGUUACGAUGUCGGCUUCGGAGUCUACCUGACCGCAACCUGGAUUCUUCCAAUCGCCUUGAUCCCCGGAACGUGGACAACUAUCCUCAGGAUCACCGCCUCCUUCAUCCAACACACCAACAAUACCAAGUUCACCAUCAAACCCACCUACUAUACCAACACCUACCUCUCCGCCACCCAUCUCUCCGCCACCUAUCGUGUCACCCUUGCCGACACCUGCUUCGCCAAUCAUACCAGCUACCCCAACCAGCCCUCCAGUCGAGGUCUCAUCCGUGCCCGCCUCCAUUCACCCUCCCAUCCCAGCAACUCCUGA